ACACUUCGGAAGAAAUAAACAAAUGGAAUUGUUUUCAGUUUAAAACGAAACGUGCCAAAGAAAACACAACGGAAAAACCUCUAUAAAAUUGAUAUUGCAAAAUAAUUGAAAUUAUUUAUUAAAAAAAAAAAAAAACAAAACUAUGUUUAAAUACUUAAUAAUUCUCAAUUUAUUGGUGGUGGCGGUAGUAACGCAAGAUAUGCCACCACCAGAUUGGGACAUAACAACAAGGCCACCUAUAACCACAACAGAACCAACAACUCCGGAACCAACUACAACAGAAGAACCAACUACAACGGAAACGAUCACCACAACUACAGAAGCAACGACUACUACAACGGAAGCGACCACCACAACAACAGAAGCAACAACAACUACAACUGAAGCAACUACAACUCCCGAACCCACAACUACAACAACCACAUUAGCUCCUUCUACUACGAUACAAAAUGAUAUUCCAACUUCGCCUGCUACCGAUUCACCCUUUACGACAAGUACGACAACAACAACUCCAGCUCCCAAUUAUCCAUUUUAUCCCAGAUAUCCUGAUUAUUCUGGCAGCUUUAAAUGUUAUUUUAAAAAGCAAUAUGGUAAUGCUCAACUGAGAUGGACUUGUAAAGGUCUAAAAUAUUUUUAUCCUGUUGAAUGUUUCAAAUGUUGUAGCUAUGAUUUUAACAGUUUUGCUGGUUGUUAUAGAGUCCAUGGCCAUUACUGUAAAAAUAUGAAUCAUUAUUAUUAUCAUCAACAUCAUCAGGGUUUUUAUAAGCGAUAAUGUUAAAGUUGCUGUUUGGAAAUCUUAAACUGUUUAUUUAAUAAUUAUAAAUUUUAAUAAGAAUUUUUUUUAUACAUACAUAUUUAUAUAAAAAGUGCAUGUUUAUACAAUUGUAUUUAUUUAUAAGAAAAUUCUCCGAAAUAGACAAUUAUUUAGAAAGCAUCAAAGAAAAAAUUAUAAAAAAAAAUCGUGUAUAAUCAAAUUGUGAUAAUUAUAUUAUUUACCAGAAGUUUAAGAGUAUGAACACAUUAACAAUUAUAUAUUUAUAAUGCAGUGAAAUUUUGAUGUAAAUUUUCCAUUAAUAAAAAAGAAUAUUUUAAAAAAAGCUUUUUAUGGAAAAUACUACCU